CGACGGUGGCAGCGUAGACGGCGGCGGCGACUUGACCAACCCGGACUCACGAACGUCAGCAGAGGCGACCAGGACGCCGCUCCUCGGUCCGCGCCGCUUCGUCUCCGCUAAAGCACGAUGAAGGGCGCCGUCGUUGCCUCGUUCGUCGCGCUGCUGGUGCUGCACCUGUGCGGCCCGCUGUGGCCCGUCGCGAGCGGUAUCGUGCGCAACAGGACCGAAGACCUGCCCAUCGUGUUCCCGGACGACGACAACGUGGCCAGCGACACCACGACGCUGACGACGAGGACGGCCCGCAGGCUGCCCGAACCUCCGUUCGCCCGCAGCAAAGGGGUUCCCGAUUCGAUCCUCUUCCGGAUGCGCGACGUGAGGAACCUGACCGACUUCGUGAGCCAGUUCCUCGAGGGCUACCCCGACCCUGCUGUGCAUGGAUUUGAAGAAGCGCCAUCAAUCUUGGGGAAAAAGGGACCCGUGGGAGUACUGUGGCGGCCACUGGCGGCUGCUGCUGGCGCAGGUUCCUCGGCUUCGGUUCCCAACCCCGAGCCUGGCACGUGUCUGCCGAGCAAGCAGCUGGUCGAGUUCCCCAAGCCCACUGACCCGUCCAUCAUCCUGUGGCCGCCGUGCACGAGGGUGCCCCGAUGCGGUGGCUGCUGCCCGAGCACCAUCCUCAAGUGCGCGCCUACCAAGACCAGCAACGUCACCUUCAAGGUGAUCAAAGCCCAGUACCCGGAGCCCGGAGCGAGCAAGUUCAACUUCGUGGGCCACGAGAUCGUGACGCUGGAGAAGCACGACAAGUGCAGCUGCGAGUGCAAGGAGCGCCCCGCGGACUGCAACGCGCUGCAGCAGUACAGCGAGUGCCGCUGCGUCUGCCGCAACAACAAUGAGAUGCUCUCCUGCCACGGGCCGGGCGUGGUGUGGGACCCGCGCGACUGCCGCUGCAAGUGCCGAGACUACGCCGAGUGCUCCACGGGAUUCUACUACAACACGCGCACCUGCAGGUGCGAGCAGCUGGGACGGUCUCGCAUAGCGUCCCGCAUCCGGCAGCCGCUGCCCAGGCUGUACGCACCGUACACGGACAACAGGGAGAACCUCCAGUCCAGGAGCUACCGCAACUUGGACCUGAUCGUCGGCGACGACUACUCGAGGCCGUACACGGACUCCGAGCACGCGCCCACCGUGCGUCCGAGACCUGUCGACCAAGACGACCUCGCGCACUUCGUCGGCGGUCGAAGCCUCGCCCUCGAAGACGACGCCCCAGACGCAGCAGAGUUCGACGGUGUCACCAGCGCCGUCCCACGUGCAGAGACUGAAUAGCACAGCGACGGGGAGUACUACUCAGGUCCACAUUACGCAGUCGAAGAGGAGCGUAGCGCAUGGGCCGUGUAGGUACAACAAGUGUAAAUGCAAGAAGAACUGUGUACUAUUCUUUGUCUUCUGCCAAGCGUGCCUUCGAGUGAAAGUGCCGGUCGAGUUUGGUGCUUACGAAACGGGUCAGCUGGCAACGUCCGUGGCAACCACUGUGGCCUCCGAGAUCGCGCGGAAGCCACGCCAGAACCAGCGAACUGUGCUGGCUUAGCCACACCGGAGACCUGCAGUGCCACCAACCGUAUAGUUGGCCGAAAUGGGUAUGGACAUGUCAGGACCUUUUGCAUUGUUGAUGAUCGGCGUUUGUUGAGGGCCGUGCUUGAAUGAGUGCUCCGACGACUGUGCGAGGGGACGCGUGGACAUUGAUUCUAUCUUCUGAAAGACCGCAGUAAUGGCUCAGUCAGCCAUCGGUGCCUCGCAGCUCACUGUUCCGCAAGUGCACCGCACCGUUUAUGGCUCCCCGUGCACGCAUGCGAAAGUGUGUGGUUGCCUAAGUGCUGUUGAGUGAAUAAAGAACUCGCACGUUUCGUGACUGAAGGAAUGAAACGGUCUCGUUCCGUGGCACUAGUGAACACAUGCUUGGCUAGCUGUUGUAGAGAGCAAAGACGCAGCUGCAACAUGUGACAGAUUUUUAGUAACAAAUUAAAUUUCCUCGCUUAGAAAAGUGGCAGGUCGUAAAUGUGAUAUCGCAGGCGUGUACUUAUAUCGCUUCCACGCGCAGAAAGUGUAAUUAAAAAGAUCAUUAUUUAAGAUCAAUGUACCGAUUGCAGUGUGCAUCUUUGCAAUGCUUGUGUUUUCAAUUUACAGCUCCACCAAUAAAAGGCUGGUUGGCAGUG